UUCGGCGGGAAUACGAGGGAGAAGUUGACGUUGGCGGGACGAAGUGCAGAAGCAUAUAGCGUGCAUGCGCAGGUCUGCCAUGAAUUCUUCAUGCGGAAGGGCGAGCAGAAGGAUGACGCCCCGGUGUUUAACCGGUUAAUCAUCUACUCAAACGCUAUUCCCACCUCUCCGAAGUCCCUCUCCGACGUCCAACCGCAGUUCGAGGAGCUUCUUACCGCUUGCUCCAUUCCUCUUUCCCUCUCCGGCCCCGAAAAACUUGCUCGGCUCCGCUCGAUACCCGCACGCAAACUCACUAGCAAAGUCAUGGGACUGAAGAUGCAUACCUUCCGACCAGUCGUGAAUGGUACCUUCUUCCCGACGGAUCUGUUUGAUAGAUUCAAGAAUGGGGAGUUUGCGAAGGAGUUCGAGAGGAGACGGUUGGAGCUCUUUGUUAGUGAAGUUCGCGACGAGAGACGAUCUAUGUACCGUCAAAUAAACCCACCGGACUCGCUGGAGACGUUACACCUCCAAGUCUCCAAUUAUUACCCGUCACACGUAACGGACAAGCUCAUCGACGCUUACCUCAACUGCAAGGUUCAUCUUCCAUAUGCACACCCCGACCCUGACCCGAACAUCGACGCAUGGAAGAAGGUGUAUGGUGACAUCAUUUCUGAUGGCCAAGUUCGUGCCCCCUCCCGCCUCCUCGUCGACCAGCUCCGGCACGCAAACGUGCCUCUUUCCCACGUCCACCGCUAUUUAAUCUCCUAA